AUGACUGAUAAACUCCCCCGCCUUUACUGGCCUUGUUCCAGCCGCGACCACCUCUUCGUUACAUCCCCCCCAGCGAUCGCGCACCGGAAGACUACUUUCGCAGAAGAGGCCCCUUAUAACGCGACCGAGAGCUGGCUGCAGCGCAAAUGGCGCCAGAAGUUGGAGAAGAAGGAAAAAUUAGAGAAGCAGGUGACCGAUGGGUUGGAAACCUUUGACCCAGAGAAGGAUCCGCAAGCACGAGGUGACCCCUACAGAACUCUCUUUGUGGCACGACUCAGCUACGAUGUGAAAGAAUCAGAUAUCGAGCGAGAGUUCGGCCGUUUCGGCCCCAUUGAGCGUAUUCGCAUCGUCAAAGAUACAGUCUCACCCAAGGCAUCCAAAAAACCCAAUAAAGGUUAUGCGUUUAUCGUUUACGAACGCGAGAAAGAUAUGAAAGCGGCCUACAAGGAAACGGAUGGAAUCCGUAUCAAGGACCGACGAGUCCUAGUGGAUGUGGAGCGUGGACGCACGACCAAGGGCUGGAAGCCUCGUCGCUUUGGUGGUGGCUUAGGAGGUCGUGGAUACACCAAGGCAAUGCCCUCUCGACCAGUUGGGCCAGGAUUCAAUGCGCCAUCUGGACCUGGAGGUUUCGGUGGCGGCUUUCGCGGUGGAUUCGGAGGUGGCGGUAGAGGCUUCCGUGGAGGUGGUGGGUUCCGGGGUGGUGACCGUUUCGGACCUCGUGGAGGAAUUGGCUACCAAGGCGGCCGUAAUGGAUUCGGUGGUGGAGGCCAACCACCCCCCAACGCUCCCUCUGGUCCCGGUGGUGGCCGCAGGGGAGAUUUCGGAGGCGGUAGAGGAGACUUUGGAGGUGGUAGGGGAGACUACGGAGGUGGAGGCUCUUACGGUGGUGGUAGAUUCGACCGUGGAAGUGGCAGCAACCGGGAGCCUGUGCGCCCACGAGAUGGCCCUUCGGACCGGGACCGCCGCGACGACCGGGACCGUGAUCGCUACAGAGACCGCGACCGCCGUGAUGAUCGCAAUGGAGGAGACCGCUACGGGGACCGUGAUCGCGACAGAUAUGGUGGCCGAGAUGCCGGUCGAGAUGCUGGCCGAGAUGCUGGCCGAGAUGCUGGCCGAGAUGCUGGCCGAGACGCUGGCCGAGACGCUGGCCGAGACGCUGGCCGGGAGGACUUUGGACGGAAGCGACCCCGUGAAGACGAUGGCUACGAUGACCCCCGAUCCCGGAGACGAUACUAA